AUGACCCUUCAACAGCAAUAUCUCUGGGUCAGUGUGGACUCAAAGGGAAGAGUGGGACGCUCGGAUCAGCAAAACAGCAACAUUAAAUCACACUGCGCACAGCACUAUCACCAAGUCAGCAGACAGAAGAUACGGAUUGUCCCGGUCGACCUGGCAGUACCUGAGGUGACUGCAACAGACUCAUCUAGAUCGUCGCCCGCUCGGUCUGUCUCCUCGGGAGAAGAGCGAGAAGCGGCCGUUCAGCCCGAUCGACGAACAGUCUUACAUUUUUCAGUGGAGGAGUCAAAUCAGGAGAGGAAAGGACAGACCGAACACAGAGUCAAAAAGAGGAAGCCACAAGAAUGGCGACGAGUGCGAUGCCACAGGUUCAGAAAGCAAUCUGGCGGGCGAGCACCUCAGGCUGAGGCAUUCCACAUUCGACAAGAGGUCUUGCAGUGCUUGCCAGAGGCAUCAGAUUUCGACCCAGGGGUUGGAGAUCCGUUGAUGCUAUGGGUCAAGCUGACGGCCUUUUUCACCCAAGCUGCUUUGCUCUCGAAUUCCCGACGUACGGGCACGUCUGUCAACGACGAGCAGUUCGCUAUCCAACGCGCGUUAUACUCCUACAAACUUUCUGCAAUACAAAUGAUUCGCCAAAGACUGAGCGAGAACCCGCAGAGCCCGGACCGGAACAUCUUGUUGGGCGUUGUCACUCUCGCAGGCUGUGAAUUCAUAGCCAAUAACCCAGAAGAGGGUAGAUUACAUCUCGAGGCUGGCUUAGAGAUCGCCCACGCUCGUGGGGGUCUGUGCUCGUUGUCUGAUCCUGAGUUGGAGCUCAUGUGCCUAGUGGACUUCGACCUUGCCGCCCUGUCAGGAAAGACGCCGUGCACGCCUCUCUCGGAAAUGGAAGAGGCUGUAUAUUCGAGAAUCUCCGAAGAGCGGACGGGCCAUUGGGGGAAAUCCAACCUGGCGAAUUUGGACUGCUUGCGCGCAGCAAAGGCUUCACAGACUUGCAAGGGUCUUGCAUGCUUGCUGCAGAUGACAGAUGGUCUCAACAGUUCGAAGUAUUCGAAGCCAGUCGGCCAGAGUCAAAAGGAUCUAGUCAUGCGUGGUCUUUUCGCGGGCUUCUUACUAUGCUCCGUCCAGCCACAGACACCUCAUUCAUCACACACGGGAGACAUUGAUCUGGACGAACCGCUGCGAGUGGCUGGUCUGCUCGUUGUUGCUGCCACAUGCUUGCAAAACACGCCAAAAGACCACUUGUUGGACCGCCUCACCGCAGACUUAGCGCUACACUUGCAACUGACACCUUUGCCCUUGUACAGUCCGCGUCCACGAACUGUAGCCUCUACCAUGCUGUGGAUGUACUUCGUGGGGGCUCACGGGUCGCUGGCCUCUCAAAGACAGUUAUUCUUCCUGCGGGGUGUCGCACAAGUGGCUCGUCUACUGGGGUUGGAGAAGUGGAAGGAGGUUCGAGAACAGUUGAAAUGCUUCCCCUACGUUGACGACGAGUUCGACGGCCCAUUUGAGGAGAUGUGGAACUCGGCCGUGUUAUUCUCGAGCUUGCCGGCGUAG